GAUGCGACCACUCGUGCAUGCGCAAACGGAGUUCCUGGACGCCGAUGCUACUGCUCAUGCUCCACAAGCCAAGAGCAGAAAGAACCCGGGGAAAGUUGGCGAAACCACACAUUUUGUCUCAGAGGGAGCCAGGCACAUCAUGAAGCCUGAUGCAGAUACAAGGCACAAGAAAUCAG